AUGCAAGCUUGAUAUGAUAUUGGACUCUGCAUUAAGGAGCUUAUAUAUUCUUCAUAUUUAUGGCACAAUUUUAGUCUUGCUUGGCUAAUUCUAAAUGGAGUCAAUUGACAGAAAAGCUGACAUAAAAAGGCUUUUAUUUAUCUUCUCCCAUUUUUUGACUCACACAUACGAGCAAGUAUUAUUUUAUAUAAUAAAAAUAGUUAUUUAAGCAGAAUCGGAAAUGAAGAAGCUCUCUCAUGAUAG